GCAGAGAUAGCAGCAGACCCGCCAGCCCAGUCACCGCGUGGAGGCCAGCAGAAGCAGACCCAUCCAGCAGGACCUUCUUAUACUGCACCACACCCUCCUCCGUGACCUGACCUGACCUCGCCAUGCCGCCCAGACCAGCUCCCCGUGGCCGCCGUGACGAGGUGGACAAGCACAGCUACGAUGGAGACGAUGGAGACGGUUGCUGCGGCGUGGGUAACUGCCUCGCCUCCCUCAUCUCGCUCCCCGUCAUCAUCGCCGCCUCCAUCAUCGUCCCCGUGUUCGCCAUCACCUUCAUCAUCAUGGGCGCCAUCUACAUCAACGACUGCGCCAUCGAACCCUUGGUCCCCAUAUGGCUCAUCGUGCAAGGGGUGAUCAUGCUCUUCGGGAUCGGCACGGGGGGGUUGGCCAAGAAGAUGCUGAAGGGGUCCUCGUCGUCCUCGUCAUCCUCCUUCCUCUUCAAGAUCAUUGGCUUCGCCCUGUCUCUGUUUACGAUCGCUUGGUUUAUCGCAGGCAACGUGUGGGUGUACAAUGCCUGGGCACAGAGUCCUGACUACGCCCACUACUGGUUCGAGAAUGGCUGUAAUAUGUCUAUGUAUCGCCUCGCCUUCUGGGGCAUCAUCGUGCUGGACGCGCUCUUCGCUGUCGCCUUCGUGGUGGGUAUCGUCGCCUUCCUCCUCCGCGGCUGCAAAGGACGAUAAGAGAAAGUGGGUUGGUUGGGGUUGAUAGCGGAGUGUUGGUAGUACGGUUUUUCUCUCUGGUUUUCUCAUCCUUGUGUUUUAGUGAAGGAUUUGUUUACACUGGUGCGUUAAGUGUAGUUACCCAUCGUAGUGGACUGUUUUGAGUACGUUUUCUUUGUUUAUUCUUUUCUUAUUCUUGUGUUUUAGGUUGUAUGGAAGGACGAAACUGGGUAUAUAGUGAAGGAUUUGUUUACACUGGUGCGUUAGGUAUAGUUACCCAUCGUAGUGGACUGUUUUGAGUACGUUUUCUUUGUUUAUUCUUUUCUUAUUCUUGUAUAGUUUAGGCUGCAUGGAAAGACGAAACUGGGUAUAUAGUGAAGGAUUUGUUUACACUGGUGCGUUAGGUAUAGUUACCCUUCGUAGUGGACUGUUUAGAGUACGUUUUCUUUGUUUAUUCUUUUCUUAUUCUUGUAUAGUUUAGGCUGCAUGGAAAGACGAAACUGGGUAUAUAGUGAAGGAUUUGUUUACACUGGUGCGUUAGGUGUAGUUACCCAUCGUAGUGGACUGUUUAGAGUACGUUUUCUUUGUUUAUUCUUUUCUUAUUCUUGUAUUUUAGGUUGCAUGGAAUGGAAAAAGAUAUAACACUGGAGGAUUUAUAUACACUCUCACGAUGGCUCUCUAUUGUGUUUUACAUAUAUACAUUUUUCUUAGUCUUUCUCUCGUUAUUUUUCUCGUUUGGCUUUUUUUUAUUAUUUUUUUCUUACGCCCAGACACUAUUUUGUUUUGGCUCAAAGAAAGAAUAGGCAAACAAAAUGAAGGGUAUCGAUUUUUCAAGCUUAUGUUUACGCGCGUCACUGUACAACCCACCAGGACCCUAGCGCGUCACUGUACAAUCCAAGGGCACUAUAGCAUUUCACUGUACAAUCGAAGGGUACCAGCGCAUCACUGUACAAUCGAAGGGAACGAACGCAUCACUGUACAAUCUUAGGGAACUAGAGCGUUUCACUGUACAAUCCAAGGGCACUAUAGCAUUUCACUGUACAAUCGAAGGGUACCAGCGCAUCACUGUACAAUCGAAGGGAACGAACGCAUCACUGUACAAUCUUAGGGGCACUAUAGCAUUUCACUGUACAAUCGAAGGGUACCAGCGCAUCACUGUACAAUCGAAGGGAACGAACGCAUCACUGUACAAUCUUAGGGGCACUAUACCAUUUCACUGUACAAUCUUAGGGAACUAGAGCGUUUCACUGUACAAUUCAAGGGCACUAUAGCAUUUCACUGUACAAUCCAGGGAACGAAUGCAUCACUGUACAAUCCAAGGGCACUAUAGCAUUUCACUGUACAAUCCAGGGAACGAACGCAUCACUGUACAAUCCAAGGCCACUAUAGCAUUUUACUGAACAAUAUAAGGAAACUUUAGCGCGUUUCACUGUACAAUCCCAGGGCACUAGAGCGUUUCACUGUACAAUCCAAGGGCACGAACGCAUCACUGUACAAUCCAAGGGCACUUUAGCGCGUUUCACUGUACAAUCCAAGGGCACGAACGCAUCACUGUACAAUCCAAGGGCACUUUAGCGCGUGUCACUGUACAAUCCAAGGACACGAAAGAGUUUCACUGUACAAUCCAAGGGCACUAU